GGAAAGACUUCAGCGGCUGAAUCGCACGCCGAGAUAGAAAGCGCAAGCAAAGUCGCAAAUUGCAAGCAAGACGUAAUAAGCGUUCGGGGUCGGAGUGCUGAGCCCCGCGACUCCGCUCGGCUGUAGUCGAAGACUCCCGAGCCUUCUAAUCCUCUUUGGAAACCUGGGUAGAAAUGUUCGCUCAUAAAGGUGCGCGGCCGAAGCGCUCGGAAACCUGGCGCGGAGGAGGAGAAAAAGGAUGAACCUGAGGGAACUUAGUCACCGCCUCUAUCUACUAAGCUCAGGCGCCGAUCUGCCGGCAAGGUGGGCCGCCUCUUGGGCAAGGCGGCAAUCCAGAAGCGCUUGCUUACGCCGCCGAAACCCGUAUCCCAAGUCAGCGGGCGAGACCACUCUGUCUCAGACUCCGGCUGGCUCGCUCGCCUUGUACAUCCGGAAACAAUGGUGCCGUCGCACCGCGUGACGCUACUUUUCCUGGCGGUGGGGGGAUGCCCGCGGGUCUCCUGGUCGCUGGUCUGGUACACAGCCUGGGUGAGCACGGUGUACAUCGAGCCGGACACCAACCGCACGGUGCGGGACAGUGCGGAAAGCGGGCGCUACGGGAACAGCUCGCCCAAAGAGAGCGCGCAGGGCCUAGUGGGCAUCCCUUGCGGCGGAACAGCCCACCACAUGGCGGGCUGCGACCCGAAGGUGGAAUACGAGAUACCCAUGCAGCCCGGAAGCUCCUCGGGAGAAAAAAAGGCGGGAUCGCUCUUCUCGCCGCCUCAGUCCUGGAUCGCCUUGGUGGCCCACGGAGGCUGCCCCUUGAAGGACAAAGUUGCCAACGCAGCAAGAAGGAAAGCGGCCGCCGUGGUCAUCUACAACGAGCCUCAGUUUGGCAACUCCACUCUUACCUCUAUGUCGUACCUCGGUACUGCUAAUACAGUAGUAAUUAUGGUUGGGUAUCCAAAAGGAAUGGAGAUCCUAGAGCCAGUCCUAAGAGGAAUUCCAGUAAAAAUGACUAUUAGUGUUGGUAAACAACAUGUACAAGAAUAUAUCAACGGACAGUCAGUUGUGUUUGUAGCAAUUGCGUUUAUCACAAUGAUGAUUAUAUCUUUAGCAUGGCUUAUAUUUUUUUACGUACAACGUUUUCUCUAUACUGGAUCACAGUUUAGAAGCCAGGGUCAGAGAGAAGAAACAAUUGGCGCAAUUGCUCAGCUGCCACUCUGUACUCUAAAAGACGAAGAUAAGUGUUGGGCUAUUGAUGCAGAAAAUUGUGCUAUAUGCAUCGAAAACUAUAAAGCAAAAGAUACUGUUCGACUUCUGCCUUGCAAACAUAUCUUCCAUAAGCUGUGCAUUGAUCCCUGGUUGCUGGAACAGAGAACAUGUCCAAUGUGUAAAUUAGAUAUCAUGAAAGCGCUAGGAUAUUGGGGAGAAUCUAAAAAAGUUGCAGUGCCUGAAUCAAUGAGUAAUAACAUACCAACUGAGAACUGGAAUAUUUUUAUAGAGGAAGAUAGUAACGAAACAAGUGGCUUAUCAGCAUCCUCUAUUAGCUCAGUUGCAUUAAAUAAUGUUUUAAAAGAAAAUCUGUGUGAAACGACAAUUUUACUUGAACUGGACAGUGGAGAUAAUCAACAUGAUCAUUUGCCUUCUGGAUCACUACAAAUUUAAUGAGAAUUUGAGAAACUUGAACUGAUAGUAAAAAAAAUGUUUUUUAAAAAAUGUUAUGGACUUGAAUCUAGCUUAGGAAAUAUAUGCUUCCUGUUUACAAAGCUUUUCUCUAUACAAGAUAAGAUACACUAGUUCUGAUUUUGAUUCACGAGAAGGAGGAAGAGAAAGAAACUGCUUUUUAAAAAGAUUAUCUGAAGAUGUCAGGUUGUUACUCUUAUUCUGGGGGGAAAUGGUUCCUUUCAUAGUAUGCCAUUCCUACCUCUUUCUAUCUUUGUCUUUUUGUUUGAAACAAAAUAAAAUCUUAUCAGGAAAAAAGCAAAUUAUAAUUAUUUCAAAAAUACAUUUGGAACAGUAAUACAAGUAUAAACAGCACAAAUAAACUAUAUGGGAUAUAUUAUACUAUAUAUGCAUAAUUAAGAAUUAUUUUCUUGUAAAAUACGGCUUAGCUUAAACAUGUAAAACAAAAGCGGUUCUAAAAGUCUUAAUAUACAUCUAAGAGAAAGAAAAAACUCUAUAUGUAGUGCUACAUAACUGUAGCACAAUUCGGGUGUUUGGUUUUUUGUUUGGUUUUUACCUAUACUGGGUACUUGUAGAAUUACAUUUCUACUUCAAUAUUUCAAAUUGGAAUAUUGCUUCAUUCAUUUAAUGUGCUAGAUAGCAGCGAUGUACCUUUAUACAGAAACUGAAAAGCACAUGGCCUUAGGCGUAUAUCAACCAUAUUAUAUAUAAUCAAAUUCAGCCCAUUGCAUUAGUUAUUUAUUAAAUCACUCAAAGGAAAGUGAUGAAGUAUCUAUUUAUAGUUAUGUAUAUUCAAACAACUUUCUAGAAUACCUGAAAAAAUAUAUAAUUUAAAAUUAGACUAUUAUUGUCUGAAACAAGGUGUUUGGUGUUGUUGGUUUUUUUUUUUGUUUGUUUUUUUGCUAAAACCAGAGCUUUAAAUAAGGAGAGAAAAAUAUUUUAUUUGAUUUCCGAAAAAUAUAUGUUCUGAAGAUUUCACCCUGGGUAAAAACAAGCCAGAUAUAUGCCACAUGUUAUCAAUGUUAAUAUCCAUAAGCCUGCAGCUAUCUACCAAGAAAUGUUGUUGCUAGGGUUAAAGCAACUGAUGUCUUCAGACUUCCGGUUCUGCGCACAGCGAAGUACUUGAGGGGUUCAGGACUCGGUGCUCUCCAACUGAGUUUCUUCCUGUUAGGGGACCCUAAAUAGGCCAGAAGCCGCCCCAAUGAGAUGUCAAUGAAGGAAAGAAGUCCUAGGGACCACAGAGAGAUGGUGGUCAACCCAAUCAGUCCAGAAGAAGCCUUCCAGAAACCAACAGGAGAAAGGCUAGCUUAACACCAGAGUCUAGCCCAAGUUGUGAGUAACUGAAGUCAAAAGCACUAUUCUAAGCUGAUCUUAAACAGUGUGCUUGAAUCUAGAUAAGAACAUUGAUUUUCUCUAUCCUACCUAUCAACUUUCCUGAAGGGGGGGAAAUUCCAAGAAGCAAAAAAAAAAAAAAA